AUGAAUCAAAUCUCAAUUCCCGCCGGCGCCGUUAUUCCAUGGGCUCUGCAAGCGAUCCGCCGCGCCGACGGGAUGAACUACGCCGCCUAUGGCCGCCUUAUUCAGCACUGCGCCGACCGCCGCUUCCUCCGCCUCGGUAAGCAGCUUCACGCCCGUCUUGUUCUACUUUCCGUCACUCCCGAUAACUUCCUCGGAUCGAAGCUCAUCGCGUUCUACUCAAAAUCCGGCAGCCUUAGAGAUGCCUACAAUGUGUUCGGUAACAUUUCUCAUAAGAACAUUUUCUCCUGGAAUGCUCUGUUUAUCAGCUACACUCUUCACAAUAUGCACUCCGAUAUGCUUAAGCUGUUUUCGUCUUUGGUUAAUUCAAAUGCGAUGGAUGUUAAGCCUGAUAAGUUCACGAUCACUUGUGUUUUGAAAGCGUUGGCUUCGUCGUUUACUGAUUCGAUUUUGGCUAAGGAAGUUCAUUGUUUCGUUCUUCGACGAGGACUUGAGUCUGAUAUUUUUGUUGUCAACGCUUUGGUUACUUAUUACUCGAGGUGUGAGGAGGUGGUUUUAGCGAGAAUUGUGUUUGGUAGAAUGCCUGAGAGAGAUAUAGUGUCUUGGAAUGCGAUGGUGGCUGGGUUCUCUCAGGGUGGGUUCUAUGAAGAGUGCAAAGAACUGUUCAAAGAGAUGUUGAGUUCAGUGGAGCUGAAGCCUAAUGCAUUAACCGCAGUCAGCGUUUUGCAAGCUUGUGCUCAGUCAAAUGAUCUCAUUUUCGGCAUGGAAGUUCAUAGAUUCGUCAACGAAAGUCAGAUUGAAAUGGAUGUUUCGUUGUGCAAUGCUGUUAUUGGAUUGUAUGCCAAGUGUGGUAGCUUGGAUUAUGCUCGGGAGUUAUUCGAAGAAAUGCCUGAGAAGGAUGAGGUCACCUAUGGCUCAAUGAUAUCGGGCUACAUGGUCCAUGGUUCUGUUAACCAAGCCAUGGAUCUUUUCCAAGAGCUAAAAAAACCAGCAUUGAGCACAUGGAAUGCUGUGAUUUCUGGUCUGGUUCAGAAUAAUCAACAAGAUGGAGUUCUAGAUAUAUUUCGAGCAAUGCAGUCCCAUGGUUGCAGACCAAAUGCUGUGACACUUGCGAGUGUUCUUCCCGUUUUCUCACAUUUUUCAACCUUAAAAGGUGGGAAAGAAAUUCAUGCUUAUGCUGUUAGAAACGGUUACAAUGGGAAUAUUUAUGUUGCUACUGCUAUCAUUGAUUCUUAUGCUAAGUCUGGUUACCUCCACGGGGCAUGGCAAGUUUUCGAUUUAGUAAAAGGUAGGAGUCUAAUCAUUUGGACGGCAAUAAUUUCAGCAUAUGCUGCACAUGGUGAUGCUAACGUGGCCCUUAGUCUUUUUUAUGAGAUGUUGAGAAAUGGGAUUCAGCCAGACCCGGUAACCUUUACAUCGGUAUUGGUUGCUUGUGCCCAUUCAGGAGAGUUAGAUGAAGCCUGGAAGAUAUUUAACAUCAUGUUACCAGAGUAUGGGAUUCAACCAUUAGUCGAGCAUUAUGCUUGCAUGGUAGGAGUUCUUAGUCGAGCGGGAAAGCUCUCUGAUGCUGUUGAUUUUAUUUCUAAAAUGCCAAUUGAACCCAGUGCAAAAGUUUGGGGUGCUCUGCUCAAUGGGGCUUCUGUUGCUGGUGAUGUUGAGCUUGGAAAGUAUGUUUUUGAUCGUCUGCUUGAGAUCGAACCUGAAAAUACAGGUACCUACAUCAUCAUGGCUAAUUUAUAUUCACAAUCUGGAAGAUGGAAAGAAGCUGACAAGGUUAGGGAUUUGAUGAAGGAAGUUGGACUGAGGAAGAUCCCGGGAAGUAGCUGGAUAGAAACGAGCGGAGGGUUGCAUAGUUUCGUAGCUAGAGAUACUUCAAAUGACAGUACCCCAGAGAUUUAUGAAAUGUUAGAAGGUUUACUUGGAUUGAUGAAAGAAGAAGGAUACAUUCUGCAAAAUGAGAUAGAUGAGGACUGUGGCAGUGGUUAGUGCACAAAAUAUCAAA